AGAGAAAUACGGACGCACCGAACUGGAGAGGCGCGUGUACGCACUCGGAGGAGCGAUGCUGAUCGGCUCGUCGGCUCCGGGCGGCCCCCUCCUCGCCUCCCUGCCUGUCCCGGGGCGACCGCUACAGCCUCAGUUGGACAUCAAGCACCUCCUGCCCUUCAGGUUAAAUGGAUCCUCUCCACUCAGCCUCUUCCCCAACUUCAACACGAUGGACCCGGUGCAGAAAGCGGUGAUCAACCACACGUUUGGCGUUCCUCAACCUCUUAAGAAGAAGCAAAUUAUCUCCUGCAACAUUUGCCACCUGCGUUUCAACUCAACGAACCAAGCCGAAGCCCAUUACAAAGGCCACAAACAUGCAAGGAAGCUCAAAGCCAUGGAGGCGCAGAAGAACCGCCAGAAGAGGGCAGCAGAGGGUCUGUCCACGGGACGGGACAGAGAGCGAGACAGGGACCGAGGGAAGACCAUCGCUGCCGAAACAACUCUACAGAUGCACAUGGAGACAAGCUUAGAGACCACAAAUCUUCAGUCUGAUCUGGAGCCAGUGACUUUGGACAUCAAGAUGGAGGAGAGUCCGAAGAGCUCAGUGAUGCUAACACCAGAAUCUGAAGCUUCAUCUGUGGACCUGGUCACUCUUUCUCCUCCUCAAAUCUCCCCCUCGUAUCAGCUCUCAGAGACGGCCUCAGACACCAGCGCUCCCGAAGGGCAGGAGGUGGAGGACACGAUGGAUCCAAGCAGCCAGGGGGAGUCGUCGAGCACAACUGAGGAGACGCAAACGGAUGAGGAAAACAAGAAGAGCAAAUCGCAUCUCCACUGUCCAGUCUGUAAAGUCACCGUCAACUCCACCUCGCAACUGGAAGCACACAACAGUGGUACAAAGCACAAGCUGAUGCUGGAGGGACAGAGUGUGCAGCCCCGGAGGAGAGGGAAGGUGAUGUCUGCUCGGGCCGGCUGCAAGAGCAAAAGGCUGGGCACCAAAGGCAGUGUGGGCGUCCCCAGCAAGAACUACCAGUGUGAAGUCUGUGAGAUCUCUGUCAACUCUGAGACACAGCUGAGCCAGCACAUGAACAGCAGAAGGCACAAGGAUCGACUGGCUGGAAAACCUCCCAAACCCAAAUUUACACCUCACAGCAAGACCCAGGCCAGCUCCAGCUUAGCGACCAAGCUGGCGUUGCAGAAGCAGUUGACCAAGAGCCUGACCACGUCCGGUUUCCUGCCCAGCCCGCUGUCCCCGCCCCCUACUUUGUGCACCGUGGCAACCACCAAUCCCCUGGCUCUGCGUCACUCGGUGGGCGCCGCGGCAACCACCAACCCCCUGGCCCUGCGUCAGCCAAUGGGCACCGCCGCCUUCAUCCAGACGCCCUUCCUAAGCCCCGCCCUCUUUAGACCCGCCCCCGGACCUCUGCGCGCCACCCACACGCCAAUCAUCUUUUCCCCGUAUUAAGAAGACUGGUGUGCGCUCCACCUGUUUCCACUAUGGGGGUAUGGCAUGGGUUGGGUUAGCAUGGGGCAGUUGGCACACGACAUCAUGUGACAGGAAGUAGGUGAAAAUGUAAAGCAGGUAAACAAACGCUCCAAUCUAAGUGUAGGUCUGGUACAGGACAUGUCCCAAACGAUCAUUUAAUAUGUUAAUUUUAAUUUGAGCUGUCUAUUUACUUACUUAAUAAUAAAACCUUGAUGUAUAUCCGUGUAAUCCCUCAGUCGUCCAGGUCUGACCCACAGUAAAAAAUAAAUAAUAAAUAAAAUCUGUCAACUGUACAAAAAGUUGUAGGAGUGAAGAUGUCUCACUGCUCAUCCAAGCCGUUUCUACACUGCCUUAUAUCUGUAAGAAGGAAGGAGCUAGCUACACUCAAACUCAAACCACCAAUAGUUUAUUUACAGUUUCUUUUUGUAGGCUAGGUCUAUAGAGCUAUCCUAAAUGUGCACUGUGCCUGAGUUAAAGAAGUAAUUUUUGUUAUGAAAGACAAUCCUUCCUUGAACAAAUGGGGGCUUUAGACAUCAUCUAUCUCCAAUCAAUAACUCCAUCCUCAGACCCAAAUCAAAACUAAGAAAACAAUAGGGCUAGCGAGGAUACUAAUAGGUGUGAAAUCACUCAUUAGGGGCUUGAAUGGCUCUGCUAAGUAGGAUUCAGGCACAGUGCACACUUAGUCUAACUCAAUGGACCUAGCCUACAAAUAAAACUUUAAACAAUAGCUGUUUAGAGUUUUAGUGUAGUUAACUUCUCCCUUCAAAUAGAUAUAAACCAGUGUCCACCAGUAAUCUGAUCAGAACUGAAGAAGUGGCUUGGAUGAGCAGCCAAACGUCCUCACUCCUGCAACUUUUGUCCAGUUGAUAGAUUUGACAUUUUUCUUUCACUAAAAACCUUGAUAUGUUUCAUGGUUUUAUCAGACUAGUAUCACUCUAGUCUUUUCUGAUCUUAAUACGGGAAAUAUCUGGGAAAUUAUGUAGUAUGUUUUAUUAAAUUGUUAAAACCAGAUUAAAAAGGGUGAAUUAAUAAUUAGUAUAACAUUAAACAUAAAAAAAUGUCAAAAUUACCCAAAUCAAGAUUAAUAUACAAAAUGUAAGUCAUUUUAAAGGUGCCAUAUGCUGCUUUUCAUGUGGAGGAUGCACAACCUGAUUGUUUCCUUGGAGAUGUUAUUGCUUUGCCUGGAAUGUUCCAUGGUAUUAUCUUUAUUGUCAUGCAUUUAUUCAAAUACAAGUGUCUUUAUUGCUCAAAAACUUCUCUCUUGAAAAAAAAAUCUUGAAAAGCAAUUGUUACAAAGGGAGGUGUCCACUUUUCACAACUUUAUGGAAAUAGAUAUGUUUAUUGUCAUAAAGUGUAAGAUGGAGACAAGCAGUUGACAGAUCCUACACCAGAAAAGUUCCAUAAUGCACCUUUAAAUAAUGUUUUUGCUACCAGCCCAUGCCGUACCAGACCGGUGCCCAUGCUGUACCAGACCGGUGGAAAAAACCCCUUCCUUCCUAGUGUAACCUCUUAACUAUGCAGCGCUUUGACUUUGGAAAUCCAGAGACAGGACGAGUCUCAAAACUCCAGAGGAGGCCCCAUCAAAAUAAGGCCAAGAUUCCCAUCAUGCCUUGCUUCCUGCUCCUCUGUCGUGACCUUAUAUGGGAGCAGGUCCGGCCUCCAGACAGUGACUGGGAUAAAAGAGGCCAGUUUUAUAGCCAUUACGUGUUGGGGUUCCAGAUAUUAAUGUGUAACUUAUUAGAAAAGCCAAGAUAGAAAACUCUAGAUGUAUGUUUAGUGUGGUUGCCGCCAAAAUAAGGUCCCUUUACUUGAUGCUGUAUUAAGAUUUUUAACUUAUUGUAAGAGGUGAUAAGAACGGUGCUUUUAGAUUAGAGAAGAUCAUUGGAUUUCACACAUGUGUCAACUCGAUUAGGGUUAACGACGUGUCAUCAAGGUCGCUCGGACUGAAAUUGUGCAAUGUUUUCAGAUUUUUCUUUUAAAAAAAUCUAUUUCGUUUUGAUAUGUUCUGGAUCAUAUAAGCUCUUUAAUGGCCUGUAGGUUUAGACACAUUUAUUUUGCUUUAGCUGUAUGCCAUUGUUUUUUAUAGCAAAUAUAUUAUAGCUUUAAUUUGUAUGAAAACACGAGCUAAGAUCAUUUAUCAUUAAAAACAAGACACAUGUUAAGUCUUUGUAAUAUACCAACAGUGAACACAUCCACAACAACUGAAAUGCACCAUUAACACUAUACUAGUUUUCUUUUUUUCUUUUUUUUUUUCUUAGAGAGAUAAAACUUUAUAAUAACUACUCUUUAAGCAUGAAUAGAUCAUUAAGAAUGAUUCAGGCUUUGUAACUACUUCAUUAAUACACUAAUCCUAACUCCAGUGGUAGAUGAAGAACUCUGAAGUAUAUUGUUACUUAAGUAAAAGUACACACAUGGAGGUAAAAACGGAAGUAAAAGUAUCAAAAGUACCAUCAUGAAAAAAAUCUACUGAAGUAAAAGUAUUAAAGUACCCCUUUAAUAAUACUUUAAGAGUGAAAAGUAAAAGUAUUUCACAGAAGUGUUGUUAAUUAGUCAAAGAAAGUGUAAAUGUAGUGAUAUUUAUAAUAAUAUCAAAUCAUAUGAAAAGUACUUUUUACUAUCAGUCCGGUUCAAAAUGUAGUGGAGUAGAAAGUACAGAUACUGCUCUCAAAUGUAGUGAAGUAAAAGUAAAAAGUAUCCACUAUAAAAUGUACUUAAGUAAAAUACAGAUAACUAAAAAUUCUACUUAAGUGCAGUACUUAACUACUUGUUCCCUUCCGUCACUGCUUAACCUCUUCAGUCGUUACUAAACCUGAGUCAUUCUAAUUAAACUAUUUGCUAUGACUUUCUUCAUGCUUUAUUAAAAGUUACUGUUUUUUCCUUUACACAUUUUGACAGUAGACUGGUUUGAACUAUACUAUGUAAGCCACCAGUGUGCUAGUUCACUUUUCAGUAUUUUUUACUCUUUUAUUCAUUUCAAACUCCUUAGACGCAGUGUUAUGCCUGGCUCAUGGACACAACAAGUCGGGAGACGAGCCCGGGUCUUAACAUGCUCAAACACAAAGAUUUAUUUACAAAAGAAGUGGAUGAAUGGAAAUUAAUGAACAAAAGGAAGGCGUGAGGUUGUGAGCAAGACAUACACACAUAUACAGAAGUUCACCUGCCACCCAACGACAG